AACAACACAAAAUGUCUAUAGUGAUCUGUGCACAAAAUCACAAAAAUUACUGAAUGAAUCAUUUUCAUUCCAUUUGAAUUUUAAUCUAAAAUAUUUUUAAAUAAAAUAACCAUUUUAUUGAUUAUCGUCGAUGAUUAUCAUUUAUCGCAUAUUGCAAAUAAACUGCAAGUGAACAUUGCAAUUUGCAAUUCGAGAGCUACAGAGGCUGUAAUUAAACUGAAACAAAGUGAUUAAAGUGUUUCAAUUACAAUGCCAGCUUAUCAUUCGACUCUAGAAUACACCCAGUCGAUAGGAAAUUUGGCUCUUCUUCCUGUACGCACAACAUUCAGAGGACCAGCACCUACAAGCCCGAAAAUAGAGUUGGAUGUUAUUGAUGAAGCUUUAAAUUACUUUAAAGCAAAUGUUUUCUUCAGAUUCUAUGAAAUUAAGUCUGAUGCAGACAGAGUACUCAUUUACUUAACAUUGUACAUUUCUGAAUGUCUAAAAAGACUCCAAAAAUGUUCUAACAAGAAUCAAGGACAACAGGAGAUGUAUAUGCUGGCAAUAUCAAAAUUUGAUAUUCCAGGAGAGCCUGGAUUCCCGCUCAACUCUGUCUAUGCUAAACCAAAUCCUCAAGAAGCAGACUUGAUGAGGCAAUACUUGCAACAACUGAGGCAUGAAACUGGCACAAGAGUUUGUGAAAAGGUAUUUGCUACAGAAGAUGGUAAACCCAGUAAGUGGUGGCUGUGUUUUGCUAAAAGGAAAUUUAUGGACAAGUCUCUUUCUGGACCUGGCCAGUAAAUUAAAUACAGUUCCAUUUUUUAUAGCAUUUAUUUUACAAUGUUUAUGACAAUAGAUAAACUUUUAAUUAUAUCACAGGAAAUACAUAUAAAAAAUUGUUAAUGUUUAUUUUUAACAGUUAUUUUAAAAUAUAUUCCACAUUUCAGGCUA